UUAAUGUCAUUAUAGAAUAAGAUAAAAUAUCUUAGUUUAAAAAAUAUUUUUUUCUAACUGGAAGGUCAGUUGGUAAGAGGAAGAGCAGUUGUGGUUGAGGUGACUGCUGUAUUGACAGGCUUGCUGAGGACUGCCCUUCCUCUGCAAAAUGCAGCGUGCAUCAUUCACAGUCUGGAGCCACUUAGAGUCUGACAACGUAUUUCACUUCUCACUGAAAUAGCUAUUUGGUGGUUUGGUUUUUUUUUUGUAUAACCAAAUGUUGUAAUUAUCUUGUGCAUUCAGAUUAUGCGUUCUACACAAAAAUGCGUCUUCAGGGCAAGCAUAAAUUCUAGAGGUAACAAGAAAUCAGUUGAAGUUGAUAAGAACAAGCUGCAAGAUAGUGUGUACUUUGCAGACAGUGCAUACUUUGCAGUUUACUUUUCCAGCAUGGAAUUGUUGAGGUAACUGAGCUGUUUUGUGAGAUCCAUGUUUCUAUGAAGCCCCACUUUCUUAAAAAGUGGCCUUAACAUAAACACACACACACACACAGGGGUCUGCUGCAGGAGGGCAGCUUGAGCUUUAGCCUUGCAGAGGUGGCAGGUGGAGCAGUUUCUCUCCUGUUCCGCUCCGUCUCCCCAGAUUGUAAUUCCAAAAACCAGGAAAAAUGAUUGGAUGAUUCCUUGAACAGGUUGUGUCAUGUAACAGGUGUAUGGAUAUUGUUGAUCUCUGAAGUGCUUUAGCAUCUGAACUUAUAUGGGUUCUUCUGCUGUUACUGUAUUUUUGUGUAUCUUGUUUCAGGAGUUAAUUGAAUUUUCUGGGUGUAUUGACUUGGCCUUAGGAUAACAGUGAUUUAAAGUGAACCUUAAGCUUGAGUUCUCUGAAGUGCCCUUCUUUAGGAGCAUACAAUACCGAAAUGUCUUGCUUGAAGCACAUCUAACCUCUUUUUGCAGUGGUCUUACGAACAGCAGUGUAUGGAAUAAACCCUUGAGUUGACAUUUCCAGAAAACAAACGUAACAUGUGCCAUACUUUGGGAAUAGUCAUUUGGCUCUUUGAAGGUUUAAUAAGUUGUGACAGUCUAUUCACUGUAUUCCAGUAGUCCUUGCAAGCUGUUCAUUUAAAAAAAUAAAACAUUAAAUUCCAAGAAUCAAAGUUUCCAAGCAACCAAACCCAGCAAACAAAAAACUAUUGUACACGAUAUUUACAUUUUUGUUGCCUGGGAAUCCUGUUGCUGCUCCACACCUCACUCUAAACACUUGCAAAAACCACUCACUGGUUCUUGCAGCUGCAGCUGCCUUGCAGUUUAGGAAAGAUCAAGUCACAAACGUGUAGAUCAAAGAGUUAUGAUCCCUGAGUGGCUGAGGUAGCGAUGAGUAAUGAGGAGGUGGUCGUUCUGAGCGUGGGAGGUGUGAGAUAUGUAACCCGGGCUUCUACACUGCAGCAGUUCCCUGAGUCCAGGCUGGCACGGAUGUUGAACCACGAUGAGCGGGAAUUCAAACUGGUGAAUGGAGAAUUUUUUGUGGACAGAGAUGGAGCUUUGUUUAGUUACAUUAUGGACUUCUUGAGGACUCUACAGGUCUCCUUACCAACUGAUUUCUCAGACUAUCAGAGGCUGCGGAGAGAAGCAGAAUUCUAUGGACUCCACCCCCUGGCUGACCUCCUGAGCCAGGAGCACUUGCUGAAGCCGAGGCUGGAGAUCUUGGAAGUGCAUUUUUCUCUCCAAGAAAUGCAGGCCUUCUUCCGGAUCUUUGGUUCCUGCAGUACCACUGUGGAGGCACUAGCUGAGCAGAUCACUGUGUUUACAGGGCAACAGCCAGGACAGAGCUGGAGCAGCCCUUUUCCUUCUCAGAAAACACUCGUUCCACUUCCUUUGGAAAGACCUUCUCAUCACGACAUGGUUUUUCAGUGUGGUACUGAGUACUCUGCUGGGGACCAGUUUGUGGCCAGGUAUGUUUCCAUAAAGCCUGAUAAUAGGAAGCUGAUUAAUGGUACUAAUGUGCUAGGCCUGCUGUUUGACACUUUACUCAAAGAUGGAUUUCGCCUCAUAAGUGCCAGGACAGUCGCCAGUGAAGAAAAGAUUGAAUGCUACAGUUUUGAAAGGAUGAAGAGGCCAGCAGGCCUUACUGUCACGGUGAACCAAACCCCAGAGAACUCUGGGGUAGCACAGGCAAGGGGAGGCCAAAAGCAGAAAGCGAAAUAAAGGCUUUUCCUUUCAUCUUUUGAAGGUGGAAGAGGGGUGUGUCAGCACUAGUGGCCUUUUUUUUGUUGGCUUGUUUGAAACUGCAACUAUUGAGGGAAGUAACAAACAAGCAAUUUUUUUUUUUUUUCAAGUACUUGGAAAAAAAAUUGCUUUCCUGCCUUUUACUGCUCCACCCUCCUAAACUCUAAAUAAAAGAACCACAGAUUCAAUGCUGGGUUUGUGGACCAGAUUGCAGCAUUUUCAAGGGUUGUUUUUGUUUUUCUCUGUGGCUAAGAUUUACAUGGGGACUCACAAAGCAUCAGGCAUUUCUUCUGGAAAAUCGUUUUUAUGUUCUGUGCUAAUUCUGUGUAAGUAGAUUUUAAAAACAUUGUAAUACAUGAAGAAAUAACAGCUUGACACAACUGUCAUCCCAGCAGUUUGGAGAAGUGGCUGGAGGAGGAAUUCAAACCUCAACGAUUGAUGAUUGCUUCUCCUUCUCACUGAAUCUCUUGCAGUUAGCUGAGAGCAGCUAAUUGCUCUAACGGGAAGAUCCGGAGUAGUGCUGCUAUGUGGCUUUGUGAAUCCAUCACCAGGCUCUGUGAAAUAACACGUUACUGUCUCUUGUAGAAUACUCCUCUGUCCUCCUCCCACUCUGAAGGCAUUAAGCUGUUCUUCAGUGCUGAGAAUUAAAUGAUAAAGGUCUUUGUGAGCAAAGGGUCAGCUAAUUUCUAGAGAUUUAACCAUAAAAAGGAUGAAAAUGCGACAAACAGUCCUUCAGAUGGAAGAGUUAGUACAGUUUUAAUCAAAAUAGUACAAAGGA